AUGGUGAGUGACCAUUCGCUGGAUGUAAUUCAAGAAAUAAGCCAAGUGGUAGAGGCUAGCCCCAAUCAAGCUGCAAUAGAGCGCUCUCUAUCCAAGGAGCGAGUAGAUCGAGGGUCCUUCGGCGUACUAGACAACCUAGCGCUUCCUGUUCCUGGGGACGGUUCUACUAGGAUAGCUUUUGGUGCUAGCGCGUCCUCCUCACCUGCGACUGUCUCUCAUUCUAACAGACACACAGUCGGCUUUGCUUCAAGUGCCUCAAGACUGCCUCCCCCGACAACCUCGACUACGUUCCAGAAUAACAUGGUUAUGGGAGCUCCUUCUAACCUUUCCACACUUGGCUCCAUCAACGCAAGGUAUGCGAGUACCCAGUACAGUAGAGAGCCAGACCCCCUGUCAUGCGCACCCUCCGUUGCUCUGUCCACUGGACAACAGCUCCACAUGCCACUCACGCUUGACACAUUUCUUGAUAUGGAAGUGAAAACGAUUAACUCGCUUAUGGAUGGAGUCACGCGCAUUAGCAACAAGCUCAGAGACAUUGGAAUAAGUUUUAGGCAACGACAGAUCUCCUCAAGAGAGCGAAUCGCGGAUGUGGUGGGCAGGAUAUUCGACGAAACCAUUAUCGAAGUCUACAAAAAGCCCCUCACGGAGGACUGA